AUGGCAGCAGUCGCAGCGGCGGCGGCCGCGGCGGCUGGAGCCAGAGAAGGAGGCGGAGGCAGCCGCGGCUGCGAGGGGAGGGGGAGUCCCGUCUGACUGAGACGGCAGGCCUGGGCGGGCGGGGGUGCCGCGCAGGGCGGAGCGCCGGGCUGGGGAUGAGCUAAGCGGGUUUAGAGCGCCGCGGCAUUCAGCCCCUGGUGUCCCGCCGCCGUCUGGAAGGGACUGGGCACCGCUCUCCAAGCUCGACCCGCUGCUCGCGCUGGAGCCAGCGGUGAGUACAGUUUUUCUCAAACUCUGUGGCUUGCAGAAUUCACAAACUGAGAUCUGGCAUCAUUUUCAAAGAAAGACCUUCAGUGAUGUAUGUAACCUUCUGUAAUGGAAGAUGAUUGAAGAUAAGGGGCCUCGUGUUGCUGACUACUUUGUUGUAGCAGGAUUAACUGAUGUUUCAAAGCCUCUUGAAGAAGAAAUUCAGUUCAAUGAUGCCUGUCAUAAAGUAGCUAAACCAAAAGAACCUAUCACAGAUGUUUCAGUGAUUAUUAAAUCUCUUGGGGAGGAGGUGCCACGGGAUUAUAUAUGUAUUGAUGUUACCCCAACUGGAUUGUCAGCUGAUCUCAAUAAUGGAAGUCUUGUGGGGCCACAGAUUUACCUUUGCUACAGAAGAGGAAGAGAUAAGCCUCCACUUACAGAUCUAGGGGUUUUGUAUGACUGGAAAGAAAGAUUGAAACAGGGAUGUGAAAUUAUUCAGACUACUCCCUAUGGACGCCCUGCAAAUAUUAGUGGCAGUACCUCAUCACAAAAAAUUUAUAUCACUUUCCGAAGAGCCUCUGAAAACAUGACUCAGAAUACAUUGGCUGUCACAGACAUAUGUAUUAUUGUACCCAGUAAAGGAGAAAGCCCACCACACACAUUUUGCAAAGUCGACAAGAAUCUCAAUAACAGUAUGUGGGGAUCUGCAGUGUACUUAUGUUAUAAAAAAUCAGUGGCAAAGACUAACACUAUAUCCUACAAAGCUGGUCUAAUUUGUAGAUAUCCUCAAGAAGAUUAUGAAUCUUUCUCACUCCCAGAAUCUGUUCCCUUAUUUUGUUUACCAAUGGGUGCAACUAUUGAAUGUUGGCCACCCAAUAGCAAAUACCCUCUCCCUGUGUUUUCUACAUUUGUGUUAACUGGAGCCUCAGCUGAAAAGGUCUAUGGUGCUGCUAUUCAGUUUUAUGAACCAUACUCUGAGGAGAAUCUUACAGAAAAACAGAGACUUCUUUUGGGAUUAGCAUCAUCAGCAGAUGGGAAAUCUGAUAGUUCCAAAACAAUUCACACUAAUAAAUGCAUCUGUCUUCUUUCUCACUGGCCUUUUUUUGAUGCAUUCAGGAAGUUUUUGACUUUUCUGUAUCGUUAUUCUAUCUCUGGACCUCACGUCCUUCCAAUUGAGAAGCAUAUUUCUCAUUUUAUGCACAAAGUUCCUUUUCCAUCUCCUCAGAGACCACGGAUUUUAGUCCAGUUAUCACCACAUGAUAAUCUGAUUCUCAGUCAACCUGUUUCUUCACCUCUUCCACUAAGUGGUGGCAAGUUUUCAACACUACUUCAAAAUUUAGGUCCUGAAAAUGCUGUGACACUACUGGUGUUUGCAGUAACAGAACAUAAGAUUCUCAUCCAUUCCUUAAGGCCUUCCGUGCUUACUAGUGUGACAGAAGCAUUAGUGUCUAUGAUUUUCCCUUUCCACUGGCCAUGCCCAUAUGUUCCUCUCUGCCCAUUGGCUUUAGCAGAUGUCUUGAGUGCACCAUGUCCAUUCAUAGUAGGAAUUGAUUCAAGAUAUUUUGAUCUCUAUGAUCCUCCACCAGAUGUUAGUUGUGUUGACCUAGAUACCAACACCAUUUCUCAAACUGGUGACAAGAAAAAUGUAGCCUGGAAGAUACUUCCAAAGAAACCAUGUAAAAAUCUGAUGAACACUCUGAAUAAUUUGCACCAGCAGUUGGCAAAAUUGCAGCAGAGACCAAGAGACGAUGGACUAAUGGACUUAACAAUGAAUGACUAUGAUUUUAAUUCUGGAAAAAGGUUGCAUAUGAUAGAUCUGGAAAUCCAAGAGGCAUUUUUGUAUUUCAUGGCCUCUAUUUUAAAAGGUUAUAGAUCAUACUUAAGACCAAUAACACAGGCCCCGUCUGAGACAGCCACAGAUGCAUCCUCUCUUUUUGCCCUACAAGCUUUCUUAAGAAGCCGGGACCGGUCACAUCAAAAAUUCUAUAGCAUGAUGACCAAAACACAAAUGUUCAUUCGCUUCAUUGAGGAAUGUUCUUUUGUCAGUGAUAAAGAUGCAAGCCUGGCAUUUUUUGAUGAUUGUGUAGAUAAAGUGGAUAUGGACAAGAGUGGUGAAAUGCGACUUAUAGAACUGGAUGAAUCUUUCAAAAGUGAACAUACUGUUUUUGUAACACCACCUGAGAUCCCCCAUCUACCCAAUGGUGAAGAACCCCCUUUACAGUACAGCUAUAAUGGAUUUCCAGUUCUUAGAAACAAUUUAUUUGAGAGACCUGAAGGAUUUCUACAAACACGAAAGAACAAAUUGCCUUCAAAAUCAAGUAGUCCUAGUAGCCCUUCUCCCAUGUUCAGAAGAACAAAACAGGAAAUUAAAUCAGCCCAUAAAAUUGCCAAGAGGUACUCUUCCAUUCCUCAAAUGUGGUCUAGGUGUCUCCUGCGCCAUUGUUACGGACUGUGGUUUAUUUGUCUGCCAGCUUAUGUGAAAGUGUGUCACUCAAAAGUCAGGGCCCUGAAAACAGCUUAUGAUGUCCUUAAAAAAAUGCAGUCAAAAAAGAUGGAUCCACCUGAUGAGGUGUGCUACCGCAUUCUUAUGCAGCUUUGUGGGCAGUAUGAUCAGCCGGUGCUUGCAGUUCGAGUGCUUUUUGAAAUGCAGAAAGCUGGUAUUGACCCCAAUGCCAUCACUUAUGGUUAUUAUAAUAAGGCUGUUUUGGAAAGUACCUGGCCUUCAAGAAGUCGUAGUGGCUAUUUUCUUUGGACAAAAGUAAGGAACGUUGUUUUAGGAGUAGCACAGUUCAAAAGAGCUUUAAAGAAACACACACACUUAUCACAAACAACUCUCUCAGCAGAUGGCAGUGACCUGGAUGCUGUUAGUCAUGGCAGCAUGGAUAGUGGUCAUGGGACACACACUGUGGAGCAGGCACCUUUUAAUACGGGUUUAAUCAAAGUAUAUGCUACUGAUGAUAGAUCUAGUACAGGUGGCCAGUCUGAUCUUGGAUAUAAUUCAUUAUCUAAGGAUGAAGUUAGAAGAGGAGGUAUAUCUACUGAGGAAAUUCAAGAAGAAAAAGAUAAGAAAGGGAGUGAUUCUAGUUCCUUGUCAGAGAGCGAGAGUGCCAAAGGAAGUGCUGAUUGUCUUCCUAAGCUCAAUUAUCAAAGUUCUUCCAGUAUAGUUCGCUCCAGUGGUACAAAUAACAAUGGUGCUGAUAAAAUAUCAGGAGAAAGCACAGAAAGUACAUCUGAGCUGCUGUUGCUAUCAUCUUUUGAAGGUACAAAUGAAACAGGAAACAGUCAAAGUGGGUGCUUCAGGAAAAGACAUAAAAGUGACAAUGAACCUAAUUUGCAGCAGCGACUGUCCUGGGGAAGCAGAAACCGCAAUCUUAGUGGAGGAGUGCUGAUGGGACUCAUGCUCAAUAGAAUCAACCAGGAGGCAAACCCUGGAGAUAUAGUCGAAAAACUAGGAGCUGAUGCAAAAAUUCUUUCAAACGUUAUCUCAAAAAGCACAAGACCAACUAGUCUUGAUAUUGGGAAGCCACCUUUAAGAUCAAAAAGAGACAGUCUAGAAAAGGAAUCUAGUGAUGACGAUACACCUUUCGAUGGUUCUCAUUGUUUGGCAGAUAAAGUGGAUUCUCCUGUUAUUUUUGAUUUGGAAGACUUAGACAGUGAGACAGAUGGAUCAAAAGUGGGAUACCCUGCUUCGCAAAACCCCAAGAGGAUUCAGCGUAUGAGCAGCAGCUUUUCAGUAAAACCUUCUGAAAAAACGGAUGUUGCCACAGGAUUUGAUCCCCUCUCUCUUUUGGUUGCUGAGACUGAACAGCAGCAAAAAGAGGAGGAAGAGGAGGAUGACGAAGAUAGCAGAAGCGUUUCAACACCAUCUGCCAGGCGUGACUUAGCCGAAGAGAUUGUGAUGUAUAUGAAUAACAUGAGCAGUCCUUUGACCAGCCGCACGCCAAGCAUCGAUUUACAACGGGCAUGUGAUGACAAAUCAACCAGUAAGAAAAGUCCAACAUUGGUCAAGGCGUGCAGAAGAUCUAGCUUGCCUCCCCAUUCUCCAAGGCCAAUGAGACUUACCAAAUCUAAAAGUUAUACAAAAACUGAGGAGAGACCACGGGACAGACUCUGGUCUUCUCCAGCCUUCUCACCUUCUUGCCCAUUUAGGGAAGAAUCUCAAGAUGCAUUAACUCAUUCAUCACCUUCAUUUAAUUUAGAUACACUGCUGGUACCUAAACUAGAUGUUCUAAGGAACAGUAUGUUCACUGCUGGGAAAGGAGUUGCAGAGAAAGCCAGCAAAUGGUAUUCAAGAUUCACCAUGUACACCACAUCAUCUAAAGAUCAAAGUUCUGAUCGUACCAGUCUUUCUUCAGUGGGAGCCCAGGAUUCCGAAUCUACCUCUUUAACAGAUGAAGAUGUUUGCCAUGAAUUGGAAGGAGCCACUUCCUCCCAAGAGAGCAGUGCCACUUCAGGGACUAAGGGAAUUGAUUUCAGCAGAACAAGCCUGGAAAGUUCUGCCUCCUUAGAAGGAUCCCUGUCAAAGUUUGCCUUACCUGGGAAAGCAGAAGUGGCAUCUUCCUACAACACAAGUAAUACAAAUAUCUUCCAGAACUAUGCAAUGGAGGUUCUUAUCUCAAGUUGCUCUCGGUGUAGAACAUGUGAUUGUCUUGUCCAUGAUGAGGAAAUCAUGGCUGGCUGGACAGCAGAUGAUUCAAAUCUCAAUACUACAUGCCCAUUUUGUGGCAAUCUUUUCUUGCCCUUUCUGAAUAUUGAAAUAAGAGAUUUAAGACGGCCUGGAAGAUACUUUCUGAAGUCAAGCCCAUCUACAGAAAAUAUGCAUUUUCCAUCCUCUUUUUCAACUCAGACAAGGCAGUCUUGUAUCUCAACAUCAGCAUCUGGUCUUGACACAUCUGUUAUUUCUGUUCAAGGGAAUUUUGAUCUCAAUAGCAAAUCUAAACUGCUGGAAAAUACGUGUGCCCGAAGCAUUCAGAUCCCUGCUGAUAGAUCAAAAACAGCUGUGUCAAAAUGUCCAAUAUUUCCAAUGGCCAGGAGUGUUAGUACUUACGGCCCCUUGGAUAAGGAAGACACUAGAGGCCAGAAGCUCAUUCCUACAGGCAGCCUGCCAACUACUUUACAAGGAGCUACUGAUUCUUUAGGAUUAGAGUGGCACCUCCCCAGUCCAGAUCCUAUCACUGUUCCAUAUCUUAGUCCUUUAGUGGUGUGGAAGGAGCUUGAAAGCUUACUGGAAAAUGAAGGCGACCAUGCAAUAACAGUGGCAGACUUUGUGGACCACCAUCCAAUUGUGUUUUGGAACCUGGUGUGGUAUUUUAGACGUCUUGACUUACCCAGUAACUUACCCGGACUGAUUCUUUCUUCCGAGCAUUGUAACAAGUAUUCAAAGAUUCCUCGCCACUGUAUGUCUGAGGAUAGUAAAUAUGUUUUAAUACAAAUGUUAUGGGACAAUAUGAAAUUACAUCAAGAUCCGGGACAACCCUUGUACAUCCUCUGGAAUGCCCACAGUCAAAAUCGUACACUUUUGUUUGAGACCCAAAAGUAUCCAAUGGUCCAUUUAUUGCAAAAAGGUGAUAAUUCAUUUAACCAGGAACUAUUGAAAAAUAUGGUAAAGAGCAUUAAAAUGAAUGAUGUUUAUGGACCAAUGAGUCAAAUUUUAGAGACAUUGAAUAAAUGUCCUCAUUUUAAAAGACAGAGGAGUUUGUAUAGAGAAAUAUUAUUUCUCUCGCUUGUAGCCCUGGGAAGAGAAAACAUUGAUAUAGAUGCAUUUGAUAAAGAAUACAAGAUGGCAUACGAUCGCCUCACACCUAGUCAAGUCAAGAGUACACACAACUGUGACAGACCGCCAAGUACAGGGGUGAUGGAAUGUCGAAAAACCUUUGGAGAACCUUAUCUUUAAGACAUGCACGUGUGUGUAUACUUUCAAUAUGUAUUGUAUAGUCCAUGUAUAAAAUAACAUUCGAAGACUCUAAACUCUUUUUCUUCAAUUUUUGAAAAUGCAUUUGUAAAUGGUUCAGAAAGUCCAGAUAGCUUAUGUACAGAAUGUUUUCAAAAGAGAAGAGUGACAAGUGAGGAGAAAGCCAUUUUGUUUCCCAUUUCUUUUUUUUUUUCUUUACUUCUCCUGUAAUAAGUAAUUAAGUAUUUUGUGAUGAGGAAAUCCCUAAACAAAAUUACUUCUCAAAAUAAGACAGCCGUUUCAUGGUUUCUCUUGGAAGACACGUUGAAAAAUCAUGUAUGGAACUUAAACAAAUGUAAGAUCAAAGUAUUUCCUGUUUUCAUAAACUAUUCAAAUGUUUUGACCAUGAAGUUGUAUUAUACAUAUUUUAAAUUCUUUAUAGUAAGUUGAUAUUUUUUUAAUUUUUAAACUUAAUAUAGCAAACAAAAUGAACUUAAACUUAUGAAGCAAGCAAUUAAGUGCUUAUUUUCCUUGUCUGCUGCUAUUUGACAUAAUUAGUACAGCUGCGGCUCUCUAUAUGUAUCUCUAUCUAUCUAUCUGUAUUUUUUAUUACCUGGAGGAAUGAUUCAGAAAUGUCAGUGUUAUGCUAGGAUUGCAUGUUAGUACAGCUAAGCCUGACCGCAGUAAGUAAAUGAAAGUGAAGGUGUGCACUGCCCAGACUGACUUAUUGAGCCUUGUGGAAGGAGAGCCGGAGAGGUUCCAAGUCUGCUUCUGCCAAAUCAGGUUCAAUAUACCAUGAUUUGAAAAUUUUCUCUAUCACUAACAGAUGCAUACAGUACACAGGGAGCGCUUACAAACCAAAUAUCAAUUUAAAUUUUAAUAUGCUACAUGAACACUUAUGCUGGGAAAUAUGUCAGACAACUUAUUCUAAAUUUUACCCUUAUUUUAAUAUCUAAAAUAUUGGGGAUGAUGUAGAUUGUGUCAUAUUUAUCUGGAAUAUGACCUACUGGAGUAUUCUGUUAAUAUUAUAAAUAUAUAUACAUAUAUAUAAAAAUAUUCAAAAUAUUUUUUCAAAAGUAGAAAAAUAAUAACUCUCAAAGUACAGCCAGAUAGAAUUUCCCAUAUUGAGGAACUUGGCUUUUUCAAUAAGCCUUCAGAAUCUGAAGUCUAUGGAAUCUAAAAUCCAGAAAUAUCCAGAAAUCAGACAAUAAAUAGAAUGUUUUAGCACCAAUGGUAUUAAAGAGACUCUAAAAAAAUAUUUUUAGUUCCAUUAUUGCAAAAAUCACUUUCUUUGGGUAAUUUCUGAUAAAAAGUAUUCUUUGACUAUUAGAAUUAUGUAUAGAUUAUCAGUAUGUGUAUGUGCAUGGUUGCACACAUUGUCACAAAUGAAGGAAUUCUCUAGACACUUUCAAAGAAGAAAAAAUGGAUGGUUCCAAAUUUGGUCUGGAAAGCCAGUAGAGUCCAGCACACUUGUACUGGGAAUAUCUGAGACUUCGAAUCAAUUUAGCUGCAGAAAAACUACCUUUUGCAUUCACACCAUUAGUGAAUAGCAUCAAGCUGACACAUUUCACAGCUUUCGACUGGAGAAGUAAUAGAGUUUACAAAUGUGAAAUUUUGAUUCGGAUUAGUUUGAUGCUGAACUUGCUUACUUGAAAAAUCUGGUGCUAUGCACAUAUAUAUGCCUUUCCUUUGUAAAUACAACUCCAGUCUUCUACUUUACUAUUCAUAUCCAGGUUUCACAUUCUGCCGGAGUCUUCUGUUCCCUAAAUGACUUGAAAAUUGUCAAACGAGAGAAAUGUUUAGUAAGUGAGGCUUUGGGCAUUGGCAACAAACAUCCCUCAAAUAGGGUUCUGGGGUUCUAUUCUGGUUUUUUGAUGCAUGUUUUACUUUCCCUUAUAAGAACAGCUUUUACUGUUCGUGGAAGUUGUUUAACUUUUCUUUAACACAAACUAUAUGUAAAAAUUAUAGUUGAUGGAUUUCAAAUCUCUGACGCAAAAAAAGUGAGGUAAAGCCCAUCCUUUCUGGUUCAAACUCAGAUGGAAAAGUGAGUAUAAUUUUUACCUACCCCCCUGCCCUGCCCCCCCCCACAAAGUUUUGGUUUUGCUUUUGGUUGGGUUUUAUUUCUACUUUUAAUCCCCAGGAAAUAUUAUUUGUAGAAAUUUAGUCUUUAAAAAUAAAACCUAAAACAUGAAUAGAAAGUGGUAAACCCUGCUCGAAAGAAAAUUAAAAUCUAGAUCAUCCUUUAAAAUAACUCUAUAUAAACUUUUCUUCCAUUUUGUCUCUGUUGAGGAUACAUUUUGAAGAAUCAUGGCCAAUUGUGUUGGAGAGAAAUACAUUUUUGCUACAUUACCUGUCUCUUGUUUUCUUACUCUUAGUUUUGUUUAUAUGUUUAAUAGUGGAAAAUAAACCAUGCUGUGUCCUGGUAUAACUUGUUUACUACUUCCUCCCAUGGUGUUUUGAAUGUCAUACAUUUGUAUUUUGUAUCUAAUUUUGAUAUUCAACUUUUUCUUCCUACUGCCAGGUAAGGAAUUAUACAGCCUGCUCAUA